AUGUCUGCGUCGGGUUCCAACGGGUCUGGUGAAGUCGAACCAUCGUAUGUUACAACAUUGGGGGCUUCGAUCCGAGAAGGCUUACACCAAGUCCAAGGCGAACUCGAGACUUUGCUCAUCGACGUUAUCCAACAACCCAACGACCAUGCUACCCCGAAGACUAUCUCUGAGAAGAUACCUCUAUUGGUGAUCGACGAUGAUAUCUCGGACGCAAACCGCCACGAGCUUUCUAGCUUAGAGUGCGGAAGGUCACUUUGGGAAGUGGUACGUGAAGAGUUGGCUGACGUAGGCGAAGAAGCUUACAUUGGGGUUUGCCCACCGUGGUAUCGUCCUACAGCGUCAUGGAUGGCAAGAGCGUACAUGGACCGCCUAGCCAUCGACGUUAAGACGAGGCAUGACAUCAUCAUCAACCUUGACGAUGUACCUCGGCGGUCAGUUAUCAAAAAUGAGAUAUCUUCGGCGAAGAAGGAAACAUCCAGUACUCCGGCGCCGAAAAUCUCGAUCAUCUCUGGUGGUGCGCUUCCUCCUCCGACGUCGACAAGUCCGUUACGGGUGUCUCCAGUCGUGUCUGCCACUCCCAGUGACUCCGACACUGAGAACCCUGUGAGAUGGUCGAGGAAGGUUCGCGACGUUCACCUUUUGGUUGGUGCCACGCCUCCAGACUCUCUGAUGUAUAGCGGUAACGAACCAGCUGGUGUGUAUGUCCGAUGGCGUACGAAGCUUCUCGACAAGAUCGGUGACCACCCCUUGGAAAGUGUUCGGAUCUCGGCGAUACUCCAUUGCAUCUCCGAACCGGAGCGCUCAAAGGUCAAACGCGAGCUGAAGCUGUCCCCGGUGACGUCUUCGGAGGAGCUCAUCGCGAGGUUAGAUCGCCAACAUUUAACUGUGUCGGAGAAAGCAGCCUUGGUGAACGAGUGGGUCGACGUAUCUCAAAAGCCGGGGGAAUCGGCCUAUGCUUACGUGCAGCGGUUCGAAGAGCUGGUCCAUCUGCGUAGGAUCACUCAUCCUGACCAUGGCCCCAUCCACGACAUGGAUCUACUGAGUAUGCUUCGUCGCGGUUUCACGGAUCCUGUCUCACGGAGUGCCCUUUCCCUCAUUGAUCCGACUGGUAAAAUGAGCUACGAAGGUUACAAGAGCAGUUUGCUCGCAUUUCUGAGCUCCGUAUCGCAGUCGGGUGCUUCAAAUGCGGUGGUGACACUGACUCCAUCUACUCUGGCGCCGAUAACAUCUUCCUUGUCUUCGAAACCCAAGCGUGAAGACAAACAUUCUCGCCUGAAGCCCAAGCUCUCUGACGACAGCCCCGUUUAUGCUAAUGUGCGGUCGGCUAUCACCCGUCAGCUGGGCAUUGCAGAGCGAGGUUGUCUGCGCUGUGGGAAAGAAGGACACUAUGCCAGGGAGUGUACAUCCCAGUCUAUUUACCGUUUCGACGAGCGAUGCAAGGUCUGUGGUGGUCUCAGUGUGGUCGAUGGCAAAGCUCAUCAGUGCAAGGUCUCUAAACGUCGUAUCAUCUGUACGUCGUGCGGCCAAAGUGGCCAUAUGAGCAGUAUCUGUCCUAUUGCCAGAACCAGUUCGACUCCGGCGACGUCUAGACAGACCGCAGCAGAUCAGCUGUCCAGUCAGUUUCCUGUGACAAGUUCAUCCUCUCGCACGGCCCGUGUCGAUGUACGUGCUGGUCAGUCUGUGCUGGCAGAUCUACCCAAGCUCCCAGAGGUUUCACUCCGUCUGGGAUUCGAUCAUCAGCAAGCCUUUUGUGAUGUGCGUGCGCUUCUGGAUUCGGGAGCAAAUGCCAGCCUGAUGCGAGAUCAUCUUGUGGAUUACUUCAUCGACCGUGGCAUUAUUCGUCAUGAGGACAUGACAGUCCUUGAGUCGCCGGUCUCAGUUGGUGGCAUCUCCGAGACAGUUAUUGCAACUCACACUGUUCGGGUGGCUGCCUCGAGUGGGGAUCUCAAGAACAUCGAGUUCACCUUCCUUGUCUGCCGUGGUAUCGAUAACACUAUCAUCUUGGGCGCUAAUAUGUAUCCCAAGUUGGGGAUCGGCCUCACGUCUACCAACAAGGACGUUAUCGUUCACAACCUUGACUCUACGGUGGGAGGUCGCGGUGGUAGUUGCGCUGCUAAGAUUGCCAAAGCCGAGAUCAUUAAGCAGCUCGAACCACUGAUCACAGUGUCUGACCGAGACGACGGUGGGAGACAGCUCACGGCUCAUGUGGAGAUGUUUCGCAGAGCUGCUAUGAUGCCGUUUCGAUCUCCACCAAGAAAACGCUCUGAGACCGAUGACCGUAUUGUGCACCAUCGACUCACGACGAUGGCUCGGGAGAAUAAAGUAUCCCGCUGUCGCGAGGGGGAUCUGAUCAUGAUAUGCCCUGUGGUCAUUGUCGACAAGGAUGGAGCCGAUAGUUUGCGCAGCUAUCCCGAUCCUAGAGUGGACGAACGGUAUCGUAUAACGCUGGAUCUGAGGAGUGUCAACUCUCUAUCCCUUGCCUAUGAUAAUGCUGGUUCAUUCGUUCUGUUGCCAUCUAAGAACGCCCAUGGUCUCAAGACGGUUGCUGCCUUCGAUACCAAGAGUUAUCGCCAAUCUGAGUUGACUGCCUUACGACGACUCCGUUCGGUGCCGUCACGUUACUCGACUUAUUACAAAUUGGACCUUCGUGACGCAUACUCGUCUAUAGCAGUGGACGAAAGUUUGCAACGGUGCUUCGGUGUCGUAUCAUACGAUGUCAACAACAACCCCUGUUUUUGGGCCUAUCGAGUGUUACCUCAAGGAUGGCAAUGGAGUGGUCUGCUGUUUGGUGUGGCGAUGGAGUUUAUGGUUUCAAAGAUCCAGGACUGCCUCCGCAUGCGCAACAUUCCGGCGAAGGUCAUCCAUUGCAAAGAUGAUGUCAUCCUGGCAUCUUGUUGCCAGCGGCAUGCUGCAGAGGCUCUGGUUUGUGCGAGAGAAUGUUUCACUCAGUACACUUUCUUGGUCAACGACGCUAAGACCUACGGCCCUAGUACGUCGGUGCCCUUCUUUGGAUAUGAUCUGAGGAAAGGAUGCGUGGUUCCGAGAUUUAAGAGAGAAUUCUCUCAAGCUACCAUCGACUUGGCCCUAAGCGAGUGGCGAGGGGCUCAAGACCGGCAAGCUCGCCUUACCUGGCUUCGUCACUGGUGUGGCAUCUUUCAAUGUUUCAAGUCUCAUAUGAACCACCAAUCCAUGGAGUCUCUGCACCUGCUUCAGCGAGCACUUUCGUUGUAUCAGAAACCUGACCAUGAGAACUCGGAUUCGACCGUACUCGUGGACUUUGCUAUUGCUGUAUCAUCAGCAUUCAAGGAUCUAUGCACUAUGUAUUUGCAGCAAGGUGUUACUCCUCUCUUCCAAGGUCUACUGGACCCCGAAGAUACUUUGGGCACUGUUGUAUUGACCGAUGCUAAUGCCAAGUCAUUCGCUGGAAUCAUCUUCAGAGCGGCUCGCCUGACGCCUUCGACUGACGGCCUACAGAGCUCGAUACAUGUUCCGGUCGAGUUUCCUCCGGCAUCUGCCUUGUUUACGCUGAGCUCAGAUGUCCCGUAUAUCCUUUUACCGGUGAAGUUUGUUGGUGCGCCGUUCCCUUCCACGGACCAGCGACGGAGCUCUACCUAUCGAGAGCGCUAUGCUGUCCUCGACACUGUUUGGCAAGGUCGAGAUGUCUUAGCGGGGGAGGUGGUAUGCCUUGUUGACAAUGCUAACACUAUGAAGGUUUGGGCGGAUGCGGCCGAGACUCUGCAUGGCGUCCAACUGACCAAGUUCGAGCACCUACAGCGGAAUGUUCACCGGUUUGUGUGGCUUCGCCGUAAUGGACCUCCUAGGUGGGCUGAUGCUCUAGCCCGUGCCAUUGAGGAUUCACCGAGUACAGAGAUCGAAGACGGUGAUGAGGACGGUUCAUGUGUUGAGGAUUGUGGUGGUGUUGGAGUUAGGGCUGCGAAUGCAAGCAGUAGCAGCAACUCGGACCACGAUGACCCGUUGACGUUCUGUGUGGUACCCUUCGGCCUUCGACGAGCUUUCACUGCUUGGAAAACAUCGACUCCUUUUGCUGAGGUUGCGGCUAUCCCUGUUAAUCCCUCGGACGCGAGGGUCUGGUUGGCAAAGGCUCAGGAAGGUGAUGAGGCAUGCCAGACCUUGAGGAAGCUGGUUAUAGAAGGUAAGUCUAAGUUCCGUGUUGACGACGAUGACCUACUACGGAUCGGUGACAAGUAUGUAAUACCGGCUCGGUAUGGGAAAUCGGUGAUCUCUAGGGUACACUGUUUCCAUGGACACCCAAGUGUGCGUCAGACUUUGCGGACUGUUGCUCGGGACUUCUAUGUUCCUGGGAUAGGGAACUCUGUCCAAAAGGUUGUGUCAUCGUGCUAUUGUCAGUUUGUUCGCGCACGUCGUGGUCCUAUAAAGCCGGUUGCGUCAUCUCUCCGAGGCACCCUCCAGGUCAAUGACCGUUGGUUCAUGGAUACCGUGGGACCUCUACCCGAGAGCGCCGACCAUCACUACAAGCACAUACUGUCCAUACAGGAUGUUGCCUCCUCGUUGGUGAUCUUUCUACCACUGACCUCAACAACCACCACCUCUGUCACUGCUGCUAUCGAGGAAAGGAUAUUUAACCUUCUCCCUCCACCACGGUCCAUCACGGUCGACAAUGCCUCCACGUUCCAAUCCGUUGCCUUCAAGGCAUGGGCUGCUAGUUGGGGUAUCCAGAUCAACUUCAACCCGCCUUAUGCGGCUCACAGAAAUGGGUCUCUGGAGCGCCAACACGGAGUGCUUAAGCAGGUGUUGAAGUGUCUCUGCAAAGGUAAUGUGAAUCGCUGGCCAUUCUUCCUUCCAGUAGCUCAGCGACGUUGUAACUCCCGUGCCAUCUAUGGUGACCACACUCCUCAUCAGCUGUACUUCGGUCUCAAGGACUCACCCUUCUUUGCCCGUCGGUUUGAGGAUGUUGCUGCGUCAUUGGAUGCUGACUCGGUGCGAUUUGAGGCGAAGCGGCGUGCAGCUCGCAGAGAAGCUGAGCUCCAAAAGAUCCACCAAGCGCUGGAUGAGGCCGAAGCUGAUACUCUGCUCAAGUUGGCCAAGUCGAGGAGGAUCGUCUCCCGUCGACGUGUGUUUCAAAUCGGUCAGAAGGUGCUCAAGUGGUCUGGCCCGAAGCCAGCACUAGGCGUGAACUGGAGCGGCCCUCACGUUAUUGCUGAAUGCUGUGGUCCUCACCAGAUGACUUAUCGCCUCAGUGAUGGUUCGGUCCAAGAGUCCCACAAUCUGUGUCUAUACCACUAA